AUGCAAGAAAUAUGGGAACUUGGUUUAGGAUGGGAUGAUGAGCUAUCAACUGACUUGAAGAAAAAAUGGGAUAAUUGGUGCUCUCAGAUUUAUCUGUUGAAAGAUUUGACAAUCGAAAGAAAAUAUUUCUCCAUACCAUGGAAGUUGGUGAAAGAAUUAGAACUACACAUAUUUUCUGACGCUUCUCCUAAAGCUUUCGGAGCAGUUGCGGUAUAUAUGUGGACAGAUUUCUUAAUCGCUCUUCAUUGGAUUAAAGGGAAAAUUUCAAAAUGGAAACCUUUUGUAUCGAACCGUGUAUUCGAAAUCCAGUCUGGAACUGAUCCUGAUGAUUGGAAUCACUGUAGUGGGCAGGAUAAUCCUGCAGAUUUCAUAUCUCUUGGAGCUACGGUGGAAAACACUGAAGAACUUAACGAGGCUGAAAUUAUAUGGACAAUAACUGUUCAAAGUGAAGCUUUUGCGGAAGAACUGUCCUCUUUGAUACAGGGUAAAACAAUUUCUAAGACUUCCUCUAUUCUAGAACUGAAUCCCUUUCUUAAUAAUGACGGGAUAAUGCAUGUUGGUGGAAGACUUCAGAAGUCAAGACUUUCUUACCUUCAAAGACACCCAAUUAUUAUGCCCUCAAAACAUCACUUUGUGAAUUUAUUAGUGUGGGAUGCACACAGCAAAGUGUUUCACGGUGGAAUUUCUGAAACUUUGAUAGAAAUACGCGAAAGAUACUGGAUAAUUAAAGGAAGACAAACUGUUAAAAAUAUCUUAAGAAAAUGUAUUCUGUGUAAACGAUUUAAUUCUUCUCCUGGUGUGCAAGUUACUGCUCCUUUACCAGUAAAUAGAACAGAAGAAUUACCUCCUUUUUCUGUAGUAGGUAUAGAUUUCGGUGGACCACUUUAUACCAAAGACAGUGAUGAGAAAAACUACAUCGUGUUGUUUACUUGUGGAGUAACGCGAGCUCUUCAUUUAGAGUUUGUUGGUAGCAUGACCACAGAAACAUUUCUUCUUGCUUUUCGACGAUUCAUUGCUCGUCGAGGUCUAUGUUCUCAAGUUUUGACGGACAAUGCCAAAACUUUCAAACGAUCAGGAACUUGA